UUCACGUCGUUGCUAGUGCAUUGAUCAACAUAGACUUCAACUACAAAAACAUGGGGAAGUCAGGAUGUUUACCGCCCGGCAGCUGUCGGUGGAUCGUACAGUUCAAGAAAUCAAUGAAUGCCAGGAUGGCGAAAUUCAAAAAUGACUUCCGGAAGAAGCUUUUUCGCGACAACAAGCAUCUGGGAACGCUGGGUGCCGACAAACUCCUCAACGAGACGGGAAACAGAGAUAUGGAAAUCACGAAAAAGACGACCAAGCCUACAGCGGACAGUACUGUUCCUCAUAAGAAGGUCGCUAAGAAAUUAACUUACGAUUAUCAACCCUCCUUAUAUACUGAAGAAUCCAGUUGCGAGAAGCAACCCACUCCAGUUGUAAUGAAAUCAGGCCUCGAAAACAAGCGGUACUCUUCUCCAAACCGCCGUGACUCCAGCGAAAUAAACAAUAAAGCCAUAGUCAGCGACCCCGUCACAACGCUUUCCAAGGAAGAAGAACAAGAAGAACUAGAAAACUUGAUGACGAGAUACGAUAGCAAUGUCGACAACACCGGCGGACACGUUAUCAAGGAUACCGACAUAACCAACGAACAUGUUGUCAUUGAUACCGACACCACCAACGAACGCGUUGUCAUUGAUACCGACACCACCGUUGAACGUGUGGUCAUUGAAACCGGCAUCACCAACGAACGCGUGGUCAUUGAUACCGACACCACCAACAAACGCGUGGUUAUUGAUACCGACAACACCAACGAACACGUUGUCAUUGAUAACGACACCACCGUUAUACGAGUUGUCAUUGAUGCCGACACCACUAACGAACGCGUGGUCAUUGAUACCGACACCACCAACGAACGCGUGGUCAGUAAUACCGACACCACCAACCAACACGUUGUCAUUGAUACCGACAGAACCGUUGAACACGUUGUCAUUGAUACCAACACCACCAACGAACACGUUGUCAUUGAUACCGACACCACCAACGAAGACGUCAUCAUUGAUACCAACACGACCAACGUACACAUUGUGAUUGAUACCGACACCACCAACGAACACGUUGUCAUUGAUACCGACACCACCGUCGAACUCGGUGUCAAGGAUACCGACACCACCAACGAAUACGUGAUCAUUGAUACCGACACCACCGUCGAACACGCUGUCAAGGAUACCGACAACAUUUCCGUAUCAUCCAGCGUUUUAAGCGCGAUCGUCGAUAGCGCAGUGAAGUCCAGUCUGUACGAGAUGGCUGUCAUUGACAACGUCAACCAAUCCGCUGUUAUUGCACGGUCCACCGGCAUGGCUCUCAAAGCACCAAGGUCUGUGAACGACUUCCUAGAGAUGCUUGGGAUGCAAGGUCGCAGAAACAACUCCAACCUAGACCUUCCCGACGUUGACAUUUAGAGAAAACUUAAACCAUAGUCUCAUUUAAGUACGGAUUGCUACGGCAGUCCCGUAUAAUCCCUGAUCACCUCUGAUCAAGAUCCGGGACGAUCCGUGGAGUGGUGCAUUUUUUAGCGACGACAGUAAAACAAAGAAUAUCAACCGGUGACAUAACUUUGUAUAACUUGUAAACAAUCAGGUUGGUUUUCGGUGAUUCCAUUUCUGCAAUCAAAUCACAAAAUUCUAACCUCAAUAUUACACUUUACUGCAUUUUAUUUUCAGUCUAUUAUUAUCACAUAGCACAUAAUCUUGAACAUAUUAUAUUCUAUGACAUUUGCGUCUUAAAUUUCAUCAAGUGUAAGUCCACAUGACAUUGUUAAUACUUAUAACUAAACUUCAUGAAAAUGACAUGUCCAUAGAAUAUAUCUUUCAAUGACAAUGUUGAUAUAAUGUCGUCUGCCAGGACAUAGAUCCGGCUUCAGAGCUGAUGUAGGCCGGACGAUAUUAACGUUGAUGAUUGUGAUUCCAUUGUGAUUGAGUUCGAAGUGAGCUUCGACACCCUAAACAUGAGUGGGCUGUCGCUUCGCCAUUGUUUUGGUUUGGUGUUGUGAUAAUUGUUCCCUGGUCAGCUACACACUCAUUCUCAGUUCCAUAACGCAGUUUCAGAAGAUUCGGUACGCAGAUGCAAGGCAGCACAAUUUACGUCAUCGCAUAUGGAGACUGCGAAAUUAUGUGUCGACGUCGAAAGCGAUGACAAGGAAUCCAAACCAAGUUUUCCACAAUCCCUUGCCCCUUUGGAAAGUCGAUAGUUAAAGACUUUCUGGUAAUGUGACAUGUUUUUGUUUGAAAAUGUUUCACGAGCCACUUCUUCCAGACCAAUGCGGCAUCCGCAGCCAUGUAGAACCGCAUUCAUGAGUCGUCGUUCGCAUUCGCCUGGAAAAAGUGGGUCGUAAAACAUUUAGCUUUGAAAUACAUGUCACAUUCCGAGAGAAUCUUCAACUACCGACUGUCCAAUGGGUCGACGGAUUAUGGAAAUCGUGCUUGGGAUUCGUGGUCGUCGCUUUCGAUGUCUACACACACUUCUGCAGUCUACAAAUGAGGUGACGUCUAUGGUACUGUCUUGCAUCUGCGUACCUUAUCUUCUGAGACUGUGCGAUGGAAAUAAGAAUGUAAGUGUGGCUGACCAGGAUGACAACAAUACCAACAUCAUACCAGGACAAUAGCGAAACGUCAACCCGCUUAAAGAUGGGGUGUCGACGCUUUCUAUGAAAUCAAUCACAGUGAAAGCAAAGAACCAAUGUGAAAAUCUUCGAGUCCACUUCAGCUCAGAAGCCGGAUCUGUGUCAUGUCAGGACGACAUGAUGUGAACAUUGUAAUUGUACAAAAUACUCUAUCGACUUGUCAUUUUCAUGAUGUUGGGUUAUAAUUACGAACAAUUUUAUGUCGAGUGUCAUAUCGAAAGAAAACAUUGCACUGUUCAAUGUGCGAAAAGAGCAUCCAAUGUUAGACUUUCAAGAGCGGAUUGCAGCAUGAUGGAAUCACCGAAAAUCAACCUGAUUUUAUACAAGAUAGUUCCCUUCGGUCAGAUCGUAUUUGGUCCGUAUCGCUGCCGUGUAUGUCCGUGCCUUUGUCGUUAAGGUCCGGGAUGGUCCGUUUAGGUACCGUGUUGGUCCGUGUUUAUUCGGGGUUAUCCGUGCCUCUGCCGUGUUGUUUCCUUAUAGAACGUACCUCUGCCGGGACAGUCCGUGUGGAAUCCGUUUUCAUUGUGUGUUGCUGUCGUGUUGGUACGGGUUGAUCCGUGUGGACUCUGUGGUAUCAAAGGGGCGAUGGUCUUUGGAAGACGAUCGAAGCUAAACAAUCCAACAAGUCCACGGAUCGUCCCGGAUCUUGAUCCGGAGGGAUCAGGGACGAUCCAGGACUGGCGUAGCUAUCUGUGCUUAUAUGGGACUGGGGUUGUAUUUAUCUAGAAUAAAAAUCUGUGUAUAAAUAAGAAAUAAAUGUUUUUGAUUU